CACUUUGAUUUCAUCUAUCAGAUUGAUUUUCAUAAAACCAGAUGUCAUGGUGCAUGGGGGGAAUAAGAUCCCAUUACUUUUCCUCAACACGAGGUCGACAUUUAUGGUCAUGAUGAUGGUUUUCAUAACUUUGGCGACUCCUUAACUUCUCAUUUAGUUCCAUCGGUCAUCUCUGCGUUUUAAUUUGCUUAGUGCUUUUGUUUUAUUCCUUCCAUGCAACUUCAUGAAAUGAAUUUAUUUACCUAUCUGUUGUUAAUGUCAGCGAUGAUGAUGCACAUUUUCUGAUCAUCGGUUUUAUAUCGUUUUCAUCAAACAGGUUAAUAUUCUGCCUGCGUCUCAGUCUCUCAAACUUCUCAUCCUCCUCCUAAGCAGAUUACAGCCUUUCCUCUCUCUUACAAAAUCACUGGCCUUCAAUUAAAUCCUUAUCUCUCCACCCCUUUCAUGCUCCCGCUGACUCCAGUCUGUCGUUCUCCCCUGCAGCGUAUGCCAUCUCCUCCUCAGGGUGUCUCUACGGGUGCAUUUGUCUUGCUUUAAAAGGGAGUCGGUCACCUCCCGUACGGUACAGGCUGCAGUUAAGACGAUCUCAGUCUCGCUGGUUUGAUCCAGAGGUCACCAAGUUCCCAUGGAGACGUCAGGUGUAAGUGUGAGUCAGUUGAUGGAGGUGUGUUUCACAGUCACUCUGAUUAUUAAAGGUAAGUACUGAAGUUAAUUUCAGAGUUUUUAUUUGUGUUUUUUCUUUCUUUUAUUGUAUUUUUCAGUAGCCAUUUCCUGUGUCUCAGUAAGCCAUCCUGUCCUCAGUGGAAGCUCAUGCUUGCAAGUGUUUAGAAAGUUGUGACAGUCAGACUUAAGGGGUCAAUAAGCAUCUGUGUGACUGUGCUAUUUUGGUGUACGGGAUUCGUGUGAACUUCCCAGGGUCGACUGGUUUAGUCUGCUACACUGCAGUGGAAUCACUGGAUUUAGGCUGCCUCCUGCAGUGGGAUUGUCCCCAUGCCAGUCCUAAUACCACCUACACUGUGCAGACAAAGACUCAGGGGGACCCCUGGCAGGACGUGCCGUGGUGUGUCUGGGUCUCGUCCCGCAGCUGUGACGUCUCUCAGAUCUUUUGGAACUUUGAACUGUACAACAUGAUCCGUCUUGGUGUCCACCUCAGCCCCAGCUCCACCGUGUGGAACGAACCACGCAAGUUCGACUACAGUGACCUCACCUUCAGCCCUCCCACUGUGUCAGUCUCUUUGCAAGACGAUCAGCUGUUGGUGAAGGUGCAGUUCCCAUGUGCUGCCAACAGGAGGUGCUCUCUGGAGAGGUGCUGUCCCAUCUCUGAGCUGAUUGACCCCUGGACUACAGUGACUGUAUACAACAGGCUCAAUCACUCUGAAUAUCAGAGCCGUACAGUUUGGAGCCAGGAAGUGGUGACCUAUGUGGCCUUCCCUGGCUUGGCUCCAGGUCAGAACUACUGUGCUGUGGCCAACUUCUCCUUCCCUACCUUUUCCAUGGCUGCUUCUUUGAAAUCUGCCCCUCAGUGUGUUGAAACUGUUCCCAGAUCAGGGCUGCUGCCCUUGAUUUCUUUGGGAAUUGGGCUGACUUUUAUGCUCCUCGCUCCACUUCUCGCCAUGUUUCUGCGAAGACCAAGACGAGCCGCGCCAACCGCUGAAAGUGAACCCAAGACGCCGGUGUCUGUUCACGAUCCCGUCUCUUUGGUACCUCUGUCCCUGGUACCUGUCGAUCCUGGUGACAUCCAUGUGGAGAUCGCCGAUGAUCAAAUCUCCAUCGACUCCUCCUCCAGUCUUCCCUCCAACCAGGACCAGACCUCGACCCUGGGAAACUCCAGUGGUCCUCUCUCCAGCUCAGGUGUGGCGCAUUGGGACAGCGGUGGGAUGGAGUUGGAGCGAGGCCUGGGCUCUGGAAUCAGCAUCCUGUCUGCAUCUCACUCAGCUGACGAGACAUGUGGGACAAAGGGAGACUGCAUCUCACUGUGCAGGAAGGCUGUGUAGCACUGCUUCCUGAACUCCUGGUACUGCUCGCUCUGCAUGCCCCCCAUCCCCUCCACCAUCUCUUUGCUCAGCUUCAUGGGCGGAGGCAGCGGUUUGGGGUCCCGACCCAGGAUGUACCCAAAGUCGAUGUGGAAGAGCUUCCCUGCAUGAAGAGACGAUGUUGUGAAACCGUUCCAUAAACCAGGAUGUUAAUUAAUUAGCAUCUGAAAGAAGAUGUCUGCCUCACCGGUCUUUGUCAGUAGCAGAUUGUCCAAGUGUCUGUCUCCUACUCCUAGGAUGUAUGUGAUGACGCAGUAACCAGCUGGAAGGAUGCAGGGAGACAAAUACCGAUUAGACUGAUAGGAUCACCUGCUGUGUUCCUCGGGUAAAUCUGAGACAACCUCUGAGACUCACCGCAGCUCUUGACGUAGGUGUCCAUCACCUCUGAGCUGAUGCCGUAGGGUCCUUUUUCACUUGGUGCGUGUUUCCUGAAGAAGCUCUGUUGAAAUAAAUGAUGUGAUUAGAAGGGCAGGUUACGUUGUGUGAUCAGCUAGAACUGAGUAUAAGUGGCUGUUUCUGCUCACCUGGAUGUUGCCUUCCGUAGCGAGGACUUCAGCAACAGGAACGGACUGAACAAACUGCAUAAAACCUGGAACAACAACACAAUUCUGUUACUUUUUUUUUUUCAUUGUUCUUUCAGCAGCUAAAUGAGCUGCUGCUGUUUUCACAAGAUAACAUUCACAAGGAAAUUCAUUAUUAAACUGGAACUAGUAAACAAA